UUUUUUAAGAGGAGAGGAAGAGGAAGAGGAAGAAGAAGAAAGGUUUUAGAAAUGGCGGUUCCAAUUUCUUCCAUUGGAACAUUCAGGCCUCAAAUGGUGAUGGCUAUGGCGCUCGAUUUCCUUCUCCCGUCUUGGUUGGAGAUCAAGAUCACUCUCGCUACUUCUCUCUUUGUCAUCUUCGCUUACUGGUUUUUUGCUUACUGGAGUGGGUUAUUUGAUGCUGAUCGUUCUGUGGUUGAUGGUUCUGGAGAUGGUAUUCAUGUUAAGGACAAGAUUCCCCCUGGUCAUUUAAGAGACCUUCAAAGUAAUUCUGCUUAUCUAAUUAAGCUGGAAUUGUUGGCUGCAAAGAAUCUUAUAGCUGCAAACUUAAAUGGCACUUCUGAUCCUUACGCUAUCAUUACCUGUGGUACAGAAAAGCGUUUCAGUUCAAUGAUUCCUGGUUCGAGGAAUCCCAUGUGGGGAGAGGAGUUCAAUUUUUCCGUUGAUGAGCUUCCUGUGCAGAUUCAUAUUACAAUUUAUGAUUGGGAUAUAGUUUGGAAAAGUGCGGUUCUUGGUUCUGUUACUGUUACAGUUGAAAAUGAAGGCCACACGGGUGCUGUGUGGUACACAUUGGAUAGUCCUUCUGGGCAGGUUUGUCUCCACAUUAAGACCAUAAAAUUGCCAGUGAAUGCCGGAAGCCCAGUUAAUGGUUAUGCUGGAGCAAAUCCCCGAAGAAGAAUUUCUUUAGACAAACCAGAGCUGACAGUGGUACAUCAAAAGCCGGGGGCUCUUCAGACAAUCUUUGAGCUUCUACCUGAUGAGAUUGUCGAGCAUAGUUUUUCUUGUGCACUUGAGAGAUCAUUCUUGUACCAUGGUCGUAUGUAUGUCUCUUCUUGGCACAUUUGCUUCCACUCAAACAUCUUCUCCAAGCAAAUGAAGGUGGUUAUACCACUAGGAGAUAUUGAUGAAAUACGAAGGACUCAACAUGCAUUUAUCAAUCCUGCUGUAACAAUUAUUCUUCGCAUGGGUGCUGGUGGGCAUGGUGUACCUCCGUUGGGAAGUCCUGAUGGUAGGGUCAGAUAUAAAUUUGCAUCAUUUUGGAAUAGGAACCAUGUGGUUAGAGCUUUACAGCGCUCAGUGAAUAACUUCCGUGAAAUGCUGGAAGCUGAGAAGAAGGAGAAGGCUGAGUCAGCACUACGUGCACAUAGUAGCUCUGUCAGAGUAAGUGAAACUAAGGAAAAGAUCCCCGCUGAUGAUUUGCCCAAAAGUAAAAAUACUCAAGCAUUCCUUAAAGAGGAAGUUCUUACAAGCAUACACAAUGGUGUUUUCCCGUGCUCUCCUGAGCGGUUCUUUUCUACGCUGUUGAGUGAUGGAUCAGGUUACACGAGUGCUUUUGUAGCAAAAAGAAAAGAUACAAAUCUAGUUAUGGGACAGUGGCAUGCUGCAGAUGAAUAUGAAGGUCAAGUCCGAGAGCUUACAUAUAGAUCCCUGUGUCAUAGCCCUAUGUGUCCACCAGACACAGCGAUGACAGAGUAUCAACAUGUAGUUUUAUCUGAAGAUAAGAAGAAAUUGGUAUUUGAAACUGUACAGAAUGCGCAUGAUGUGCCAUUUGGGGCGAACUUUGAGCUCCACUGUAGAUGGUCGUUGGAGAAGAAUGCUGAAGACUCUUCAUCUGUUGAUAUUAAAGCGGGUGUACAUUUUAAGAAAUGGUGUCUGAUGCAAUCCAAAAUAAAAGCUGGAGCGAUGCUUGAGUACAAACGAGCUGUGGACCUGAGGUUAGAGGUUGCCCUAGAAUAUAUGAACUCUAAUACUUCUGGAAAUGAAACUGACAAAGUCGCAUCGGCUCCAUCGGAAGCUCAAAGCUCUUGAUGAUUUCCACCAAGGUCAGAUCAGACUCCUCCUAUACAAUACACACUGUUACAAUGAUAUUCUCUCAAAAAAAAGAAAAAAAAA